CCCCCGAUCGCCCCCUCCCCACAGCGGGAUCCCUGCACGGCGCCGCUCCCACCGGUGCCUUCUGCACCUUGGCCCCGCCGGUUCCACGUCCGGAGCGCCUUCCUGGCCGAGGGGCGGCGCGGAGCAGCGAUCUCCGGUGGCCGCGACCUUGUCCUGCUCCGACCCCCGGGUCGGAACGGGACGGGACGGGAGGGCAGUGGGGCCACAGCGUUCCCGCCGCGUUCCCGCCUCCUCAGUGCUGCCCUGCUUCAGUCGAACGCGGGCUUCUCCCGCGCUUCCCGCACCGGGGUGCUCCUCAGUGCUGGGUCAAGGGGAAAAGCGUUUUUCGGUUAUGACUUUUGCAGAAGGGACGGUUUGUCUCGUGGGGUGCCUCUUAGCCAUCCAUACACUUAAUGGUGGUAAAAGAUUUGCUGUCCUGCUCACCUCCUCAGCACUCUGACAUUAACUUAAAUAGUAUUCACUCUUCAGUGUGGUACAGGUUAACUAUAAGUAACUCUGUCCCUUCAGAUACUGAUGUAGGAUUGAGGAAAUGAAGAGAUACAGUCAUAGAUCUCAAGCGAUAAUAACCCAAGGCUGGUGGGUCAGAGGAGUGAAAGAAGAAAGGAAAUAUUUGAAGUGGCUAUUUCUAUAAGGAUUUGGAUAAGAAGAGAAGAAAAAAUAAAGAAGCUGGUGAUUCUGAAGGAGGCCUAGUCAUCAUGGCUCGUGCUACUAUUUAUGUGGGUUUUACUGUUCCUCAGUUACUACGAGGUGUUAGCAGGUGUUUUUCUUCUCAUUCUGCAUUGGUGGUGUUGAGGCACUCGGCUUUUUGUUACUGCACAGCGAACGGCACAAUAAAAUCAAAAAGGAAAAUGGAUCAUCUAGAGAGGACAGCAAAAAAUUUUCGCCAGGAGGUAAUUUCACAAGCAAAAGUGUGUGGGAUCACAGAUGAAUCAGAGACAGUCAAAAGACUUCGUUUGUCUAUCACAAAUAAAGAUUUUACUUUCAAAGCAGGACAGUGGGUUGAUUUCUUUAUUCCUGGAGUAUCUGUAGUUGGGGGAUUCUCAAUAUGUUCAAGCCCCGGGCUGCUGGAACGAGAAGGGUUGUUAGAGCUGGCAGUAAAGCACACUGUUCAUCCUCCUGCUCACUGGGUUCACACUGAGUGUACUGUUGACUCAGAAGUGGCUCUUCGAGUGGGAGGUGAUUUCUUCUUUGAUCCUCAGCCUGGUGACUCCCCUGUAAAACUAGUGCUGAUAGCAGGGGGUGUUGGAAUUAACCCAUUGUUUUCUAUACUGCUGCAUAUAGCAGAUCUUCAUGGAUACCAAGAAAGUAAAGGAAAUGGAUACAAAAUGGGAACAGUGAAGCUCUACUACAGUGCAAAAAAUACAAGCGAACUCUUAUUUAAGAGAAAUAUUCUUGGUUUGAUGAAUGCAUUUCCUGGAAAGAUCACAUGUCGGUUCCACGUUACCCAACAGAGAUCACAGAUCUGUAAGGAACUUCAGCCACAUGUUACAGAGGGAAGAAUAUCUGAAAAGGACCUAGAAAAACAUGUAUCUAAGGAUACUUUAUGGUACAUCUGCGGUCCACCUCCAAUGAUAGAAUCUAUAUCCAAACUUCUGUCCAACAUUGGUGUUCCUAGAAACUGUGUUUUCUUUGAGAAAUGGUGGUAGUGACACCUGCUGAACAGAAAAUAUAUUAUUUGUUCCAAGUGUGUUUUGAUAAGCUGAAAUAUACAGAAAAUGGACUAUGAAUUAUUUGGAAGAUUCUGCUUCAUCCAUGAAGAUGUCCUCAAUCAUGAUGGUGUUCCUUUAAUUUAACUAUAAUAUUCUUCUAACAUAGUGCUGCUGCUUUUUGGGACAAAAUCAUUUUAUAUUAAAGACAUUAACUGUUCUGUUUUUUUGAUGGUUCGCUUGCUUCUUACAGGUCACAGCAUAUUUUCGCUUUAUAGACUUGUUUUGUUAGUCAGCUUUUAAAAGACUUUCAGUGCCCGAUUGAGCAGUUGCAGAGAACCAGUUGUGCAGCAAUGCCAGGUCAGUUUAUAAUAAAUAGUGCAGGCCACAACUUCUGACUCUGCUACAAAUUGUUGUGCUGAUGAGUCAACACACUGCCUUCCCCAGUUCUAAAUAAUAAAUUAAUAUUUUUAUAGAACUAGA